AUGACAUCCGCCAAACCCAACGCCCCAUCUUUAUUAUAUACUUUCACAGAUAAGUUGAAUUGGAGAAGAGAAGGCAUCCCAAGAACGAGGUGGAAGAAGGAAGAUGACUUCAUAUCUGCGUCAAAAAUUCCAGUCUUUCCAAAUUGGUUCAUCAGAUGUGAAAGAAGAUAGUUUAGAAGAUCAAGAAGAGGUAGAACGCAGUAAGAUUGGAAUUAUGAGAGCUGUUGUCGAAGCUCAAGAUCCCUCUGCCAAGGAAGUUGAUGAUUUUAUGAUCCGUAGAUUUCUCCGAGCUCGUGAUCUAGAUGUUGAAAAGGCUUCAGCCAUGUUUUUGAAGUACCUGAGUUGGAGGAAAGAAUUUGUUCCAAAUGGUUUCAUAUCACCUUCUGAAAUUCCAAAUGAUCUUGCACAGGAUAAGUUAUUUAUGCAAGGACAUGAUAAGACUGGACGCCCAAUAGUCCUUGUCUUUGCUGAACGGCAUAAGCCCACGAGCGUGGAAGAGUUUAAGCGUUUUGUUACUUAUACCCUUGACCAAAUUUGUGCUAGAAUGCCAAGUGGACAUGAGAAGUUCACUGCCAUUGCUGACCUAGAAGGAUGGGGAUAUGCUAAUAGUGAUAUCCGCGGAUACCUAGCUGCUGUCUCAAUUUUGCAGGACUGCUACCCAGAGAGGCUGGGCAAGAUGUUCAUAAUCCAUGUUCCUUACAUAUUCAUGACUGCAUGGAAGAUGGUUUACCCAUUUAUUGACAAAAAUACUAAGAAGAAGAUCAUCUUUGUUGACAACAAAAAACUACAAUCGACCCUGCUUCAAGACAUUGAUGAGAGUCAACUUCCAGAAACAUACGGAGGCAAGCUAAACUUGGUUCCUAUUCAAGAAUGCUAAUAUGUUGAAUAUACUUUUAGUUCCACCAUUAAUUAUAUUAUCCCCAAAACCAUCUACUGUCAGGGAGCUUAUAAUAAAUCAUAUUUUGGUAACUGCAUUUCUAUGAUUGCCGAUGCAGAUGAGAACAAAUAUUAUAACAUUGAAAUACCAUAAUGUCCUUCUCGUCACUGGAUAGAUAUGAAAGCAACCGAUUCAUUUGUAUGUCACUUGGCUGUCUGGACCAGUUUGUGUGCAUUAUUCACUAUCAAAUAUAGCUAUGCGUUAAUUUUGUUAUUAA